ACAUGGCUUUUAGCAACGGUGUUUUACUUUCUGGUUUGAUCUCGAUAAUUGGGAUAUAUCUCUUAUGUCCAUUGGUGUCAUGUGUUCCUUUCCUUGAAGCCAGACCCCAAAACACGACUGUAGUGGAGGGAGAUAGAGUAUCAAUGAUUUGUGAUUUGAAUGAUGACAAUGAUAAGACAAUAUUUUGGACUUAUUUGCUCGGACCAUCGCGACGCCGAUAUGUAAGUAGCAAUGACUACAUAUAUCCCAGGACAGGAUAUGGUGUGGAAUUUGAGAACUAUGAAGUAAUUAUUGAUGAGUCUCAACAAACUUACGAGCUUGUUAUCAAAAGCAUCAAAUUGUCAACAGAAUCGGGAACAUAUGAAUGUGGAUAUAAUUAUGGCGCCAAUAGGAAAUAUACACCCCUUGCGACAACAACCAUUUCUGUAAGACCUUUCACAGAAUCUGUGAGUUGUCAUCAAUAUCUUUUGCCUUCUUUGGGAUCAGAAAUAAGCCAGGAAUAUGAAGUUGCAUGUUCCUGGUCCCAUAAUCAAGCAGGUGUGGCAAACCUUUACAGUGAUAAUGGAGAUUCUAUCAGUGUUGAUUUAAGAUUACCUGGUCAUAUCAUUAGUCGGAUUCAGUCUCGGGAUACUCCAGGAGCAUUCUGUAGAUUCAUGCUAGAGAGUGAUACUUCACUAACUUUCAACGCACCAUGUAUCGGAGAUAAUACACAUAGACCUGUGAGGGUAGACCCUUUCGUCAGUAAAGUUGCUCUUGGAUCUAAUUCGUCUUUUGUUUGUACUUCUGGUAAUCAAAAUUAUUCUCCAGAAAUCUCAUUGGAUGUAAGUGUUAACGGAAGGGAUCAUCAAGAACGUGUUUUUAAGAGUGGUGAAGUAUUGUCUAUUGUCAAUGUUCAAGCUGAAGAUGAAGAAAUUCUAGUCGAGUGUCAAGUCCGCAUAUCUCAAGACGUGGUGGCAUCAAGCUUUGGGUCUUUGCGGAUAGUGGAAGUCACAACGUUUCCAUCUCGAACGAUAAAAUCACAUCGUACUUAUGGUACAAGCGAAGUAAAAAUUAUACAAAGCAGCACUUCACCUAGGCCUCUAGAUAAAAUACUAAUAGUUCCAACUGUGGUAACAAGUGUGUUGAUAUGUUUCAUCGUUAUAAUAAUCGGCCUUCUAUUCGUUCAAAGGAAACUAAAGGCUCAAAACAAAAUCAGUGGCAGAAUGAACACGGAUAAACGAACCACGUCGACAGAGCACACUUCACCAGACAUUAAUAUGAAGGUUCUAGAAAGUGGCAAAGCGUCAAUCUCAGAGAAGCGAAGAAGUAGUGAACCACCAUCGUCAAUCUUUUCUGAAAAACACACUUACAGUAGUAAGAUAUACAAGUCAAACAAUAUGUGUAUCUCUACUUCGUCGGAGGUCGAAGGGGUGUUUUCACCAGAAUAUGAGUCGAUAGAAGCUGAAUCGACAUUAAAUGAAUCAAAGGAUAUAUCAAAGGGGCUGAAUAGGAGCUCGAAUACUGAAAGAAAACAGCAGGUGAGGAUUAAUGGGCUAGAAGAGGAGGUUUCGGAAACAUCAGCUACUCCAUCAAGACUACUUAUUUCUGCGGGUCUACAUAGUAGACCUUUGCCAAGGUGUCCAGAAAGUUCGAUAAUUAGCCUCCACCCUUUGAAUGACCUCCCCCCAUCAAAUGGGGGAAUUGCUGAAGAUAUCAGCAACCACCACAGUACCCAUUGUACAUACCAUGCCUAUGAGGAAAUAAACAAACGGCAAUCUUUUCCUCAAUAAUUAAUUCAGUAUUUCGGGAUUGGACAUGAAAAUGGUACUGCUGCAUCUUUGGAACCUAUCAAUAAUUCACUUCAAUAUUCUUGUACGGGGGAUAUUUUAAAUAAGGAUACACCUGAGGUUUUAGUCUGCUCGGGGAUUGCCAAGCAUUCGUUAUGCUCUAAUCACACUGAUGCCACCAAAUGUUUGGAACAACCUGAAGGUCCCGAAUAUUAUGUUAAAAUGAAAACAAUAUCAGAUGGCCUGCCGUAUUUCGAUAUUGAGGGCCUGGGGGAUAUACAAUAUCCAGUAUUUGAUUUCAAACCGCUAUGCUACAAGCGUGUCUAAGUUACUGUGUGAAAAAUAUACUUUGGUAUCAUCUGCGAAAAGAACAUAAGUAAGGGUGAAGCAUUGAUUAUAUCAUUCAUAUAAAUUAAAAAUAACAAAGGGCCUAAGAUAGAACCUUGUGGUACUCCACAUACAUUACAAACUUCAGAAGAUUUAGAGUUGAAAUUAACAUAUUGAUAUCUAUUGUAUAGAUAAUCUUUAAACCAUGAUAAAACAUCCCUCUCAUUCCAUAUGUUUUUAAUUUAUUAUUUUCUUUUGUUUUGUAAUAAUAUUUAUUAAUCAUUCAGUUCAAUACAAUUCAUCGUACAAAUACUCAUGGUAUUAACAUAAUCAUAUACAGUGGAUAAAUUCAGUAACAAAAAUUAACCACUUAUAACCAAUAUACAUUCACAAAAUCAUACAAUACUUAUGUAGAAAAUUUAUUACUCAACAUUGAAUAAACUGAAUGAAAUUUACAAUAAAAAAAUAAUAAUACUAGUGUUUGAUGAUCGAUAUUAUCGAAGGCUUUCGAUAGAUCCAUGAAAACCCCGACAGUGUGCUCUUUUUUGAAAGGGAUUCUGUUAUUUUGUCGUAUAAUUGUAAAAUUGCAUAGUUAGUUGAAUGAUUUGACCUAUAAUCGUAUUGAUUAGGAAUUGAUAAUUUAUUUGUGUCCA